AUGGGAAUUACGACAAGCCUUGUCCAGGCAGUACUGCUUGUAGAGAUGAGUGUGUUUACGCUUAUGCUGCUUCCUGUGUCGAAGAGCUUGAAGAAGAGCAUUCUUAGGGUGUUUAUGGCAUCGAAGCUGUACCGAGGAAUUCUUCACAUUUUAUAUGUGUUGCUGGCAAUGAUUCUUGUGAUGUUUGUUGACUCGGCAUAUAAGAUUUAUACGGGCGAGGAAUAUGCCAAUCCGUUUGUUCUGUAUCAAGCAGAACGCAAUCUGUACCUGACUGGGUUUACAUUGUUUCUUGCAGUGAUAUUCAGAAUGUUCAUCAAGAUGAUGUCUCUGCUGUUCAAAGAGGAGGAGUCUGCACUCCUGCUCAGGAAGCAAUCCAUGAAUCAGAAGAAGUAUGUUGAAGACAUUGUGAGCGAAAGCACAAGAAGCGAGGAAAAAAUCAGGCAGCUCGAGGACAAGGUCAGCAGCUUGAAUGCAAAAAUUGUUUCGGGCGACAUGCUGAUCAAACAGCUUAGAAACAACCAAAACGAGUACUUCAACAUCCUCGACAAGUACAAUGCACUCAAGGAGCAAGUUGAAAACGAGUCGAAGAAAUCCAAAUAA